AUGGACGUUGUGGGACAGCGCUUGGGAGGGAGGGCUGUGUCGGUCGAUGUGCAGCAGCCGCGAUCGCAGGGCAGCAGCAGCUCGGCUGGGGGAGACCGGGCUAGAGUCCAAUGCUCCAGUGCUCCAGGGCCUGGCAGUGUAAUUGCGCGAGCGGGCGGCGACUCGAAGCGGCGAGCGCUGGGCGUGUGUGCGUGCGUCCCCUUCUCAGCGCAAUCUUCCUCGUGCGCGCCGAGCCCACACCACGCAGGAGAGCAGCAAGUUGCCGCCGCUACGCCUGACUGCAUGCCCUCGAAGCUCGGCUACGGGCCAUGUGUGCAGUUUGCGAUGACGGCCUUGGCAAGUGCUCGUGACUGGCCGGUGCAUAAGCCUCCGUGGGUCCUGUGCAACCUAUCAUCACCACCAGAUGCAUCAUGUCACUCCUCGUCUACACCUGGCGAGACCCUGUGUGACCUCCCAUGUCUCAAUAUUCGCGAUGCUGGCUUGCUGGCCACGUUCGCGCCCUCCCUCGCUAACGGCACUGUCCGUAACCGCUGCUGUUACGUGCGCCCACCGUCCUUCGCUCAGGCGUGGCCGCCCUCGUGGCGCCCAAGUCAGGUCACACAAGGGCCCAGCCGGCCUGCUUCAUGUCGUCUCACGUGGGGACGCAGCAUUCAAUAA